GCGGACUCCAUACGACUGUCUAGCAUGCUCUCAGCUUCAGACGAUUUCCAACGUCUAUUGGCCAGUUUCCCAGCCCUCACUCAGCCCACUUUCUCUUCAUCUACUGUGAAGCACGGUGUGGAGCACCAUCUCGCCACUACUGGUCCACCCGUCUACGCCCGCGCUUGGCGCCUCGACCCGACCAAGCUUGCCGUUGCAAAGGCUGAGUUUGCAAACAUGGAACGCCUGGGCAUAGUACGCCGAUCCGACAGCCCGUGGGCAUCACCCCUUCAUAUCGUCCCCAAACCUGGCGGCGGCUGGCGCCCGUGCGGCGACUACCGGCGGCUUAAUGAGGCAACGGCACCUGACCGAUACCCAGUCCCGAACAUACAGGAUUUUUCAGCACACCUGGCUGGCAAGGUAAUUUUUUCCAAGGUGGACCUAGUCCGGGGAUAUCAUCAGGUGCCGGUACACACACUGGACAUUCCCAAAACGGCAGUGAUCACGCUGUUUGGUCUGUUUGAGUUCCUGCGCAUGCCGUUCGGCCUUAAAAACGCCGCCCAAUCUUUCCAGCGCCUCAUAGACUCAGAUUUGCGGGACCUGAUUUUCCUUUUUGUGUACUUGGAUGACAUCCUGGUGGCGAGCACGUCCAAGUCUCAGCACCUGGCGCACCUCCGAACCCUUUUUGAGCGGCUUAGCCACCAUGGACUAAUUGUCAACCCAGCCAAGUGCCAGUUCGGUCUCUUCACCAUCGACUUCCUAGGACACAGAGUCACUAAGGGCGGGGCAGUUCCUCUCCCAUCAAAGGUGGAGGCAGUCAUACAGUUCCCACGCCCGCUCACUGUCAAAUCCCUGCAGGAGUUCCUCGGCAUGGUGAAUUUUUAUCACCGCUUCAUCCCUCAAGCCGCUCAGCUCAUGGGGCCCUUCCACGAGGCCUUAAAAGGUAAACCCAAACACGCUGUGGACUGCACUGAGAGCAGAGUCAAGGCUUUUGAUGCCACUAAAGCAGCAUUAGCGAACGCCACCAUGCUGGCGCAUCCUUCUCCUACAGCCCCCAUUGCCAUCACCUCGGACGCCUCUGAUUAUGCUGUCGGUGCGGUUUACGAGCAGUGGGUAGGUGGGGCCUGGCAGCCGCUGGCUUUCUUUAGCCGUCAGCUGCGCCGGGUGUGCGGAAUCCAUCUUGGUUUGGAUUACAACAGCAUGGCCGUGAUUCAGACCACAGACCCAGACGUGCAACGUCUGAAAACCUCGACUACAGGGCUGCAGAUCAAGGAUGUGGUUUUUGGCAAUGCCGGCACAACGCUCCUGUGUGACAUCUCCACAGGUAGUCCGCGGCCUAUCGUGCCCUCGGGGUGGAGGCGUCAAGUUUUUGAUGCCAUCCAUGGUCUCUCCCACCCAGGGGCGAAAGCGUCACAGAGGCUUGUUUCAGCAAAGUUUGUGUGGCACGGCCUCAAGAAGGACGUUAGGGACUGGGCUAACACCUGUGUUGAGUGCCAACGGGCCAAAGUACACCGCCACACUAAAGCCCCGUUAGAAACAUUCCCGGUUCCUGAGAGGCGUUUUGACCACGUAAACGUGGACCUGGUUGGUCCUCUGCCCUCCUCUCAAGGUUUCACAUAUUUGUUAACCAUGGUUGACAGGACCACCCGCUGGCCUGAGGCUGUACCACUGACAUUGGGGGCAUCUGUCGAGAUGACACGGGCAUUUAUUGGCACCUGGAUUGCCCGUUUUGGCACCCCUUCGGACAUUUCCUCUGACCGAGGUGCACAGUUCACGUCCGAGCUUUGGAACGCUGUCACACAGAGCCUCGGAGUGAGACUCCACCGCACGACUGCAUAUCACCCGCAGGCUAACGGACUCUGUGAGCGUUUUCAUAGAUCGAUGAAGGCUGCCCUGCGUGCCAGCCUCAAAGACAGCAACUGGGUCGACAAGCUCCCGUGGGUGAUGCUGGGUAUCAGGACUGCACCAAAGGAGGACCUUCAGUCCUCAUCCGCUGAGCUUGUUUACGGACAACCGCUGCGAGUACCAGGGGAUUUUGUCCCUAGCACCAUGGUUCCCUGGUCUGCCACUCUCCAGCGGUCUACUCUACUGGAUAAUGCGAGGUUUUUUGCACCUGUUCCUACUUCCUGUCACGGCCUCCCUCAGUCGCACAUCCCCGCUGGACUUCAAACAGCCGACUAUGUUUUCAUUCGCCACGAUGCCCACAGAGGACCGCUACACCCGCCCUACGAGGGCCCGUUCCGGGUUCUGGAGACAGGGGACAAACACUUUGUGGUGGACAGGGGUGGCAAACCGGAACGACUCUCCAUUGACCGCCUUAAACCAGCUCAUUUGGACGUGGCCAGGCCCAUUGACCUGGCCCAGCCCCCACGACGCGGACGGCCUCCUGCUCUGCCCCCACCCAGUGCUCCCACACCACCCAAGCCUCCCACACCCCAUGCCCCUCUCCCGGGUAAUGACGGUACACCAGCUGCAGUGGGGCCUCCUCGACCUCCUGUACAGCGCAGUCGCUGUGGCCGGUUGAUACGCCCACCCCUCCGUUGA